AUCUUGAUCAAAAACAUAUUUGUCGACCUGAAUGAAUAACCUAGGUUUUGUGUGAAAAUGACCUUGGACUGAUUGAGCAACGUUCAGGUCUUUGGUUCUCCUAAGCCCAAGGAGGAGGAGAUGCCACCCAGUCAGGCUGUGCUCAUGCUUCCUUUGAUGCUAACGCCAGCAAAGCUCAACUCAUAUGGGGAAAAACCUAACACAGCCACCGAACAUUGCUUUCUCAUGGAUUUGUGAAAGAACGACUGACAGGAGAUACCAUCAUUGCAAAAGGAACUAUUAACUUAGACACAGAUGGAUAGUUCUUCAUGAGCUGGCAGUGCAGUCCCUCAGUGUGAGCUGCUGGGAUCGGCAUGGUGGCAUGAUGGAAAACUGUUCAGGUUGCUGCAUCUGUAAAAAUGCUUUGUUCCUGGAUUCCUCCUGGGACCUGGCACUUACCUGUGCACACACAGACACCAGGGGACAGGUGAUCUCAAGUUUCCCAUUUCUCUCCUGCUGCUAGACCCAGCGUGCUGUAUUCAGCAGGAUUCUCCUCCUGCCUUACCCUGUGCCUCCUUGCUGCCCACCUUGCUGUCCCUGAGUGCCACGUGCAGCCUGACCCCACGCUGCACACUGCAGCCCGUCCCUGUUUAUCCCAACAGGAAAUUGAGGUUUUAUCCACACCACACAGGCAAACCAGCACUGCUGACAUUGGUGAGGAUAAAUUUCUGUGUUAAAAAUAUUCAUCUGGGAGCCUGGCAGUAAAAUAAGAGACAGUCAGAGUCAGGUCACCACUUUAAAUCACGCUCUAACAUCUCUGAAUUGCUUUUCUUACAUCGGAAUUUUUAUGCCAAUGUUGAACAUAAGCAAAAUAUUAAUUUUUCUUUCCGAUUUGUACUUGCCCAUGGAAGAGGUUUGGAAUGAGAUCAUCUUUAAGGUUCCUCCCAGCCCAAACCUUUCUGUGAUCUGGUGGUGGUGGUGAAACCAAGGAUGUGCCUUCAGUGAUGGACAUGGAAAGGACACCACCCAGCCAGCUCGUCCUGCCAACAUUACCAGCCCCUCUGAGCUCCUGCUGGAACAUGGAAACGCUCCCAAGUUUUUAAUUAAACACUGCCACAGCUAUAAAAAAAGAAUGUACAUCUUUUAAUAGCAACAUGAGAGCGCCCAAGAGCGAGCUACCUGACCUCAGCCUUCCUGGUCCCUUCGCGUUCAAGACACCACUCUCUUUAAUUAAUUAAUUUGUUUAUUCGUUGCCUGCAAGGGUAAAUGAUGGAAGACUGGUGAGGCACUAAAAAAAUAAGCAUCUUGACACGACCUUGUUUUUUUAUCUCGCAGCUAACUGGCAGUGCCAACUUUUUCUGCAUUUAUUUAAAUUUUGCUGUAGGUUAAAUAAUUUUUGCUGAGAUCCUGUUUCAGUCCUGUUCCAGAUCACGACUCUGGUGAUCGCUCCUUGACACAGAACCCCGAUUAUUCCCGUUUUUCCCCCAAACUCGGCUCCGGGCCGGAUUUCCCAGGGCGCAGCGCCACCGCCUGCCCGCAGCCCCGCGUUGAUGAGCCCGGGUUGUGCUCCUGCAGCCGCCUCACGGACACGUUCUGCAUUUCACCGCCUCACGGCCGUACCGUGAGGGUUACUGUGCCACAGAGUCAGUUCUGGACUGCUUUGGGUGGGAAGGGACGUUAAAGUUUAUAUAGUUCCAACCCCCUGCCCUAGGCAGGGAACCUUCCAGCUUGCUCAGGUUGGUCACGGAGCUGCUGUUAAGGUUAUUAAUUCCAUUGCUGUGAUCCAGAAACCGUUUUCCUAUUUUCCUGCCGUGCCUAAGAGAGCUCAAACUCCGCAGAUGGGCUGUCCCAGCACCGAUGCAGCUGCACCUGAAGGGUCCAUGGGAACACCCUUUGGGAGAGGCAGCGCUUUGUAACGGCGGCCCGAGCCCCGUCUCACACGAGAAGCUUUCGGGCGCACGUUUCCGUUUGGCCGCCGCCUCCCGUGUGACAUCUACUGGCACGGGGUGUCAUUCCACGACAGCAACAUCUUCUCAGGGCAGGUCAACAAGUUCCCAGGCAUGACAGAGACGGUUCGGAAGAUCACCCUGAGCCGGGCCAUGAGAACCAUGCGGGAUCUGUUUCCCCUGGAGUACAACUUCUACCCUCGCUCCUGGAUCCUGCCCGAGGAGCUGCCUCUCUUUGUGGCUGAGGUUCGUACGAUGAAAGACAGCAAUCCAUCCUGGAAGCCCACUUUCAUUGUAAAGCCUGAUGGAGGCUGCCAGGGGGAUGGAAUCUACCUCAUCAAGGACCCAAGUGACAUCAGGCUGACAGGGAGCAUCCAGAGCAGGCCAGCUGUGGUGCAGGAGUACAUCUGCAAACCUCUGCUCGUGGACAAGCUGAAGUUUGAUAUUCGCCUCUAUGUCCUGCUGAAGUCCUUAGAACCCUUAGAGAUUUAUAUAGCCAAAGAUGGACUUUCUAGGUUUUGUACAGAGCCCUAUCAAGAACCCACUCUCAAAAAUUUGCACCAGGUUUUUAUGCACUUAACCAACUAUUCACUAAAUAUCCAUAGUGGCAAUUUCAUCCAUUCUGCCAGUGCAAACACUGGCAGCAAGAGGACUUUUUCAAGCAUUCUCUGCAGACUGUCUUCCAGAGGAGCUGAUGUCAAAAAGCUCUGGUCAGAUAUAAUUUCAUUGGUGAUUAAAACAAUUAUUGCACUGACACCAGAACUGAAAGUUUACUAUCAGUCUGACAUACCAGCAGGAAAGCCUGGGCCAACUUGCUUCCAGAUUUUAGGGUUUGACAUUCUCCUGAUGAAAGACUUGAAGCCUGUGUUACUGGAAGUAAAUGCAAACCCCAGCAUGAGAAUAGAACAUGAGCAAGAGCUUUCUCCUGGAGUGUUUGAAAAUGUCCCAAGCCCUGUUGAUGAGAAAGUGAAAGUUGCUGUCAUCAGGGACACUCUGCGGCUGGUGGACCCUCAGAAAAAGAAGAGGAAGGAUACUCAGUGCCAGAGCCCCGAGCAGGCCCCGGGAGGCAGCGAGGAGCCGCCGGACGCCGCCCCCAGCCCCGAGGCCGCGCUGCCCUCGCUGUGCCUCAAGCAGGUGUUCCCCAAGUACGCCAGGCACUUCAGCUACCUGCGCCUCGUGGACAGGGUGGCCGCGCUGUUCAUCCGCUUCCUCGGCGUCAAAGGGACCACCAAGCUGGGCCCAACGGGGUUCCGCACCUUCAUAAGAAACUGCAAACUGAGUAACAGCAAUUUUUCAAUGGCUGCUGUAGAUAUCCUAUAUAUUGAUAUCACAAGGAGGUGGAACAGCAUGGGCAUUGACCACAAGGAAUCAGGUAGCCCAGGAAUGUGUCUGCAAGCCUUUGUGGAAGCUUUCUUCUGCCUGGCCCAGAAGAAGUACAAGGCGCUGCCGCUGCACAAGCAGGUGCUGUCGCUGCUGGAGCUGUGCGAGUGCCGCCUGGCCGCGCUGCACGGGAAGCGCCUGGUGUGGGGCUGCGGGCUGGCCCAGCCCCGCGGGGCGCUGCGGGCGGCGGGCACCGCGCCGGGCCCCGGCCCCGCCCGGCCCCACGGCCCCCCGGUGCUGCGGCUGCAGAAAUCAUCGCACCAGCUACGGGCGCUCAUGUGCCGCGACAGGACCGGCAGUUAAUCCCCGGCCAGGCACGGGUACCGCUGGAGGAGAGACUGGCGAUGGAAUCCCUCCAUUUCAGAGUGACGAUUAUUUAUUUUCAGCUGUAUUUUUUAUUUAUGCUUUUCAAAAAGUCUACUGCAACCUCCCGUUUUCAAAUAAUGACUCUGGCAAUGACUAUUUCCUCACCUCUCUGUGGGAUUUACUGUGCACAUCCCGUGACAAACUGCAUUCAUCCUGAGUGUGGAAAAGGACCAACCCACACGGGAUGAUAACCAGCAUCAUGGGAUUGCCUGCACUGACUGAGGAAUUACAUUGCUUUUUGUGCACAGGACAUGUCACAGCAACCAAGGAAGGAACUGCAGUCACAAAUACCGGACUGGAGAACUGAAAUCUGAAACUGCACUUGUGGUCAGACUUCAGGCCUUGACUCUCUUCUUUCCAUGGCUUGGACUGUAGGUGUUGGAAUAAAUACAGAUUUGGUCAAUAUCUAUGUACUUAUUUUUUAAAGUCAGUCUUAAAGCACUGAAAUAAUAUUUUGGCUUCUACUUCUUUGUACAGGUCUUUGCCAUGACAAGUACUGUUAGUUUUUUAAAGAAGAACUAAAACUAUUUAUCCUUUUGCUUCCACAGAACCAAUAAGCUCACACUUAUUCACAGAAAGAGAUUUACUUUCUUAAGUCAAAUUUGGUGAAUCAAGUGGUGGUUUUGUCUUCAGGGAUUCAGCACUGCUUCUGCAGAAAGCUGUACAGUGUAAAGGCCUAAGAGGUCAUCUAAAUUCCAGUGGAACCAACCUUGUCACUGACUUUAGCCUAAACUAAUUGUAUUCUAGGUUUGCUAAUUUUUUGUCUUUUGCAUGCUUGUUACCCUCUUGGGACCUGCAGUAACAUCUAGAGCAGAUCUUCUUUGUGUCUUUGCUCAUAUUCUUAAUUUUUUCCUUAAAUAACCGUGUGACUCUGUACGAAUUAGAUCUAAGGAUGUUGUGUCAGAACUGCUGGGCUGUACUGCUGGAAUUGGACAGAGGGGUUUGAUUAUCCAGGAAAUGAACCAUGACUUCCAUGAUCUCACACUUCUUGUGAGGGCUAAGCAGAACUUGAGACUGGCUGGAAGGACAGGAAUAACUUGGAACUUCAGGGGUGUUGAGUGAAAUUCUUUAUUGCAAUAAUGAAUGGCUACAUCUGAGCUUGAUUUUCCUCCUUUGUUCUGCUCUUUUAAUGUUAAUGACUUGGCUUAUGUUUUAGUGUCCUCCAUGGUAUCAGAAGUGGCAAAGCUGUAAGAUGGGCACUGAGCUUUGGGUUGGAGAACAUUCCCUGAGCUCCAUGUCAAAAUGUUCCAGUGGCUGGUGCCCCCAAAAUAUGUCACUGAGGGGGAGUCCACCUGUUUCAAGUCAGGGACUAAAUGCACACAUGGUGCAUCAAGUGAGUUUUCACUUCAGGGAAUGUUUGUAGAGCUUUUUCCUGAUUUCAGUUUUAAGCAGCAUGUGUUUUUCCCAACUGGCAAUAGCAGCAUGGCAAUGCAAUGCAGGAGUCAGGCUGAGCCCACACAAAACUAGUCCCCAGCAUGUGUUAAUCUCAGAUGUGGGCAUCCCUUCUCCUUACCUUUUUCUGUAACACAAAUAAAAUAGUAGUAGAUGAUCUUUUUUAGUUCCACAGCCAGACUUUGAAAUUUUAUGUAUUGUACAUAAGAGGACAAUUGUAGACUAACUAAUGCCACUGCCCUCAGCCUUGUUCAAAUGUCAUAAAGAUUAUUGCAGUAUGAAGAUAAAAUGCAGAACUCCAAAGUCUGGCACCUGUCAGAACAAAUGAAGCUGAAAGGGUCAUUUUUUUCACACUUUCAUUGUAAUAUAUUUGAAGACAUUCACAGGUUGAAAAAUGGUUACUUCUCCUUUUGUGACAUCUGACAUUUGUCUUGCGAUUGGCAGUGUGUUACUGGAAAAUAGCUUACAGUUCCUCUCAUCUCAUGAUUGAUGUCCUGUAAAGACAGAGUUACAGAGGAGUCGGAUUUGAAAUGCUAUGACUGCGAAUGCCUUUCCCUGCACCUUUGAAGUACUACGAUGUGUGGCCUGAAAUAUCCCGGUUUUGCAAUUGUAGAGCUCACCCUGAUAUCAGUGGAAUAAAUUAACUAUUGUAUAUUGAACACUGAUAAGAUCUCUCUCUCUAUGGGAGACCUUUAUACUCUCUGGAUCUAAUAGAGGUUUUUAUAGCUCGUGCAUCCACAGGCUGAUGCUGCAUGCUCUAUUCAUCUCCCACUUCAAAUAUGAAAGGUCCCUUGUAGAAUAGUCAAAAUAUUCAAUUAUCUGCCUCUAGUAAUCCACUGUUCAUGUAUUUAUAUAAUUGGAAAAUUGAAUGCUAUAUUAUUCUCGGGGGGGGGAAGGGAAUAAACCAGGAAUGUACUUUAGAGAUUUAAUGGCAGUCACAUUUCUCUUCCCUCCUGUCUAAUUCAAUUUCCUCUGAAUAUUAUUUAGCAUCCAAUUGCACAGAGCCUUCAAGUUACCAGUCUGUGCCCAUGCAAAUGACCAGAGACACUUUAUCCAGGAUAUGAAUGCUAAUGCACUGAUAAUCUGUUAAUCCUGAGGUACCUCUCUAGCUACAGAAACAAUACAGGAAAGGCAUUGGAUUUUUAACAGCACUUUUGUAUAUGUUCUCUUCAGAGAAUACCACAGCACUGCACUCAUGAUUCUAUUUAUGGCAUAUAUGAUAUGAAUAUUGUAUACCAGUGAAAUCUUUCUUGUUAUCAGACACACCGGGUCUGAUAUCCUUGAGUAGAAAUCAGAAUAAAACAACAUCUAACAAAAA